AUGACUUCUGUUCUCCAUCCCCGAGAAUGUAAAGUGACCAAAAAGCCCCAAAAGAGCUACGGAUUCUACCUGCGUAUUGAGAAAGACACAGCAGGGCAUCUCAUCCGGAACGUGGAAAAGAAUAGUCCAGCUGAAAAGGCUGGCUUGAAGGAUGGAGACAGAGUCCUUAGAGUUAAUGGUGUGUUUGUAGACAAGGAGGAACAUGCACAGGUGGUGGAGAUUGUCAAGAACAGCGGGAAUUCUGUUGUACUUCUUGUUCUUGAUGACGCAUCCUAUCAAAAGGCAGAAAGGGAGGGAGUGAACUUGGAAGAGCUGGGUCAACAGCUGUCAACAGGACAGCAGCAGGAGCAGCAGUCCCCACCACCCAUGGCCAAUGGAGCAAUCACUGCAGUUCCACAACCCCGGCUCUGCUACCUAGUGAAGGAGGAGAAAGGCUAUGGCUUCUCUCUGAAAACCACAGAAGGACAGAAGGGGUUGUUCAUAGUAGAGCUUUCAUCACAAGGAGCAGCUGCAAAGGCUGGUGUCCAAAAUAACGAUCGCCUGAUUGAAAUCAAUGGAAAAAAUGUGGAAAAUGACACACAUGAGGAAGUGGUGGAAAAGGUAAAGAAGUCUGAAAAUCAUGUUAUGUUUCUACUUUCAAAUGAAGAAACAGACCACUAUUACACAAGCCAGAAGAUGGUACUGAGCAAAGAGAACGCCAGCCUAAGAUUGCUUCCCCUCAAACCACGACUUAUUGAGAUCCAGAAAGGAAAAAACGGUUAUGGCUUUUAUCUACGGAUGGAACAAAAUACUGGUGCUCAUGUAAUCAAGGAUGUUGAUUCUGGGAGCCCUGCAGCCAAGGCAGGUCUCAAAGACAAUGAUAUCUUAGUAGCUGUCAAUGGCGAGCAAGUGGAUGGUCUGGAUCAUGAAAGCGUAGUAGGAAAAAUUAAGCAGUCUGAGUCAAAAACCUCACUGGUGGUAGUGGAUAAGGAGACUGACGCCAUGUAUAAACUGGCUCAAAUUUCCCCUUUCUCAUACUACUACAAAGCACAAGAUCCAACUCCAGCUAAAAUGGAGGAAAAAAUGGAGUUGCACACUGAGCAGAAAGUGAACCAGAAGCCGAGAAUCUGCAAGAUGGUGAAAGGGCCUAGUGGAUUUGGCUUCAGUUUAAACAUGAUCAAGAACAAGCCUGGACUGUUCAUCAAUGAGGUACAAAACCAUGGGCCAGCUGACACAGCAGGUGUAGAAAAUAACGACUUUUUGGUGGAAGUGAAUGGGGUGAAUGUGAUGAAUGAAUCCUAUGACAAAGUGGUGGCAAGAAUCCAAGAUAGUGGUGACAAACUAACAUUGCUGGUGUGCAGCAAAGAUGCUUAUAAAUACUUCCAGGGCCAGAACAUUCCCAUCACAGCCUCUAUGGCAGAUGCAGUCCAUGACACUCCUGAACCUCCUGCUUAUACAGAAAACCAUCUGUCAGAGCCAGAGAGAAACUCACCUGAACCAAGGGAAAGGGCAAGCUCAUCCUCCUCUUCACAAUCAGCUGCCUCUACAAGAGCAGACAGCGACAACAAUGAUGACACAAAGUUGUAA